AUGAAUUUAAUGAUAAAUAUAAUGCUGCUUUAUAUGUUGUGCACUUAUUUGUGUGAAGCGAGUUCACAACGAGAUGAGAUUCCGGAUUUUGAGUUUGAAGACCACUAUGGAGCAUCUCAUAGUCCGACAAGUGAACGUGGAAGUUCUUUGAUUUUCGAUGACUUCGAUGAUUUCUUCGUAGAAGAUGGAAGUGAAGCGACGGAAUAUGAUAUUGCAACGAAAGAGAAAAUCAUUCAGCGAACACUCUUCAAAGCAUUCGCUGCUAAAGAUCUUAAAUAUAAGUUCUCUGAAGUGCUGCCUCUUCUUAGAUCUCUCAGCAAGUCACAAAGAUUGGCUUUUGCUUCUAUCAUUUACGCUCAAAUUAAUGGUGCAAAACCACUCACAUUAGACGAGGUAAGAAAAACAACUUUUUCGAUUAAUUUAACCACAUGUUUUAUCAUUUUGAGAUGA